GGCCGACCCGUAGUGUUCGCUCCUCCUCGCGCCGUCAUGGAGGGUGCCGCGGCCUCUGCCGAGGGCCUGCGCUACGCCGAGUACACCCGGGCCCCUACGGGCGCCGGCAAGGGCCAAGCCGAGCUGGACCGGGGGCUGGCCAGGACUAUGAUAGGACUUGGACUUGGUGUUGCAACUGUUGCAUUUGCAGGUCGUUAUGCUUUCCACCUUUGGAAACCAUUGGAGCAGGCAAUUACAGAGGCAGCAAAGAGGAUUUCAACUUCCAGUCUUUCAUCAUACUAUAAAGGAGGAUUUGAACAGAAAAUGAGUAGGCGAGAAGCAAGUCUUAUUUUAGGUGUAAGUCCAUCUGCUGGCAAGGACAAAAUCAGAACAGCGCAUAGGAAAAUCAUGAUUUUGAAUCAUCCUGAUAAAGGUGGAUCACCUUACUUAGCAACAAAAAUAAAUGAAGCAAAAGACUUGUUGGAAUCCAGUGCCAAAAACUGAAAUCCGAAGCCUUGGAUCAUAGGAGAUUCAGCAGAUACAUUGUGCAAUAACUUCAUGUCUGCUUGCUCUGCACAGUUUCUUAACAUUGAUUGUUCAUACCUAUUGUCAUAAUUAAAAUGUUAAGAUUAUUUAAAAGCAAACAAAUAUUUUACAGUUACGUAAAGUUAUGUACAGUUAUUUCCCUGCAAGGAGCAAGGAGUUGGAAUGAUCCUUCUAACUUGAGAUGUUCUAUGAUUCUGUCUCAUUUUUUGUGUAUUUUUACAAAAUUAUGAUCCCUUACAAGCUUUGACAAAGUUCUCUUAACUGUCUGUGCUUUUUUUGGAAGUACUUGUUUCUUUCAUUAAAUUUUGGAUCUUCUGAAUUAAAAUUCUAAAAACAGUCUUAAAUAUAGGCUUGUUUCUUCAUUAGUAAAGAAACAACCCUAUCUUUUAGGGUCACCCUAAAAUCUGUGACAGAGUAUUGAGUCACAGGAAAUACAGCAGACCCCAUUUGGCAAGUUUUCAGCACCACCCUACACUUGAAUCUGUUCAUUUGUGAAGUAGUAGGGUUUGUUCAUGGGUGCAGUUUGAGAGCUGCAACUCAGGACAAAAUGAGUGAUGGAACUACAGACUGCAGCUUCCACUAGGUGUGUAUAUGGGGCUUGGAGCUAUGAAGGAGGAUUCUUGGGUUUGGUUACUUCUUUUGCAUAUUAAAGGAUCUCUGAAAUAGUCAAGUAAUUAUUUAGACAUGCUUUUACUUCAAGACACAGCGUAUGUUUAAUCUCUAGCAGUUGGGGUGAACAUGGGGUUUUCUGCAAGGGUUUUCAUGGCAGUGGGAUUGAAGAAAGUAGGUCUAUGUGGCAUGGUUUAGAUGGGUAUUCCAGACUGCUGUUGUCUGAGUCAGCCCGGUCACAUGAGCCUGGUGUAGGACUGGUACAGCAGGGAGCAAACAGGAGCGUACCUGCUUUGCCCAUGGCUCCAGGAGCGUUUCCCGGGCUAGUUCUCCAGGAAUGCUCAUAUUUCUGCAUUAUGCUUCAUAUCCCAGACCAUAUAUACCUCCCUCCUUACGUAGCAUCCUAGCAACCUAGUGCUGGCUUUGGGGAAUCCUGAAGUCAUGGAUCUCAGACUUUGAAGAGAAAAAGUUUUAAUUGACAGGUGAGAGAGUAGAUGCUAUUUAGAGCACUUGACUUUUGCAGAUUUCUACCAGUAAGUUGUCUGCAGAUGAAUUAAAUCUCCUAAGCAUAGACAGUCUAGUGCAUUCAGUGCAAGACCAAAAAACUUGGAGUGUCCAUUUAAACUCUAUCAUUAGAGUUACAAUAAACAGCUUGCUGAAGUGCUACAAAUAUAAAGUUUAGACACUCCAUUUUUUAGGUUAUUUAGCCAGAGGUAAGAUGGCUAAGAGCAGUUAAUAUGAGGUUGGAUGCUUUAAUUAUUUAUUCACCAGAACAUGCAUUUGUAAUUCAUCCAGUGGUGGAUGUUCAGAUUAUGUGGAUUUUUCCUUGAAAGGAAGAAAAAAUAUGAAUUUUUUUUUAUCAGGUUCCUCACACUUUGUUACAAUUCCCUUUCUUUCAUUAAAGGGAGAUGAAAAAUUUUAAGUUGACCCUGAAAGAAAAUAGUAAUUCUAAGUACUUUAGAGACUUCAUUGCAAUUAGAGUGGCAAGACAUACGGCACAAUUUCACUGGAUAAAGCAAAAAAGACUGCUGGGAGAAACCUGCCUGGGAAUAGCAUCCGCUAUACAAGUACUAUAGUUGCGUCAUAUAACUAAUGCUCUUAUACAAGAGACUUUAAUGAGAACAGUUUAUUCCUAUGCAGUAGCUUUAAUUGGUUCUUGUUAAAGGAAUAGCCAUCAAUUAAUGCUCAUUUAGGAUUAGUCAUUCCUUUCACUGGUAUAUCAGUCUGUAUUGGCAAAAAACAGAAUCAUGACAGUUCUCAUUUUGGGAGAAGUGAAAUGGUGGCGUUCCUAAGUUUCUGAAGUGGAAUCUGUAAGGCUCUGAAUCUUUGUGCAAAACCAAAAUUGAUGUGAAUUGUAGGUAGCAGAAACAUUCUGCUUAAUGAUUUUGAACUGACUAGCUGUUGUUUUCAUAUAGCUACCUUUUUUUCCCUGAGUAAAAUGAGUUGCAGAGAGCUGUUCUAAAGUAUCAGUUAAAACAAAUGCAUUAAAGAUGGCUACUUGGCUCUGUUCUUAAAAAUGAACUUCCCAUGUCUUUGUAAGAAGUACAGGGUUUGGGGGUUUUUUUUUGUGAGAUUCUGUCGCUCAUAAUUUCCUCCCUGAUCUAAUUAUUUAUAUCUGAUUAUUUCGGACAAAACACUUUUUUCUGCCUUUAAGUUAUGAGAGAGAUUGUCCUUCUUAACAAAAAGAAAUAAAACCAAGUUCCAGUU